CAGGGGGCGGGCCGCCGGUGCUCGGCGGCGGCGGCCCGGCUGUUUCGGGCCGGUUGUGGGGCGGCCCCGGCCCCGGGUCCCGGCCCCGAACCGAGGAGCCGGUGUGUGGGAGCGGGGGGCCCGGUGCGUAGCGGGGGGCCGGGGGCCGGAGUGUGGGGCGGGGAGAGGGCAGAGGGUUGGAGCCCUGAUCCUGGGGGUUGUGGCCCCAUAAAGAGCCCGGGGGGUUGGAGCCCUGAGCCCUGGGUAUCGCAUCCCGGUGAGGAUCCCGGGGGGUUGGAGCCCCGUUCCUUGGGCCCUGUGUCCCCAUAAAGAUCCCGGGGGUUGGAGCCCUGAGCCCUGCGGCUGUGUUCCCAUAAAGAGCCCGGAGGGUUGGAGCCCAGCUUCCUGGGGGCUGUGUCCCCAUGACGAUCCUGGAGGGUUGGAGUCCUGAUCCCUGGGGCUCUGUCCCCAUAAGGAUCCCGGGGUUUGGGGCCCUGAUCCCUGGAUCUAUGUCCCCAUAAAGAGCCCGGUGGGAGUAGAGACCUCUUCCCUGGGGGCUGUGUCCCCAUAACUAUCCCAGAGGGUUGGAGUUCCUCUCUGUGGGGGCUGUGUCCCCAUAAGGAUCCCAGUGGAGUCCUGCUCCUUGGGUGUUACGUUCCCAUAAGGAUCCCAGAGGCCUGGAGCCCCCCUCCCUGGGGCUGUGUCCCCAAAAGGAUCCCGGUGGGUUGGAGCCCCCCUCCCUGGGGGCUUCAUCCCGGCGUGUUGCAGCCCCACAGCACGGCAGGCACCUCGUAACCCGCUGUGGCCAUCCCACCAUGCCAUCCCGCGGGGCGAGCGCGCGGCGGCCGGGCCGUCGGCAGCUGCUGGCGCUGGCGGCGGUGCUGGGCUGGCUGCUGGCGCUGCGCCUGCUGCUGGACCUGCAGGCGCUGGGGCUGCUCUGCGGGGCGCUGGCAGCUGUGGGCGGCUGGCUGGGACCCCGCGCCCUGAGCCGCCCGGGCUGGCGGCUGCGGCUGGAGCGCUUCGUCGGCACCCUGCGGCCAUCGCCGCCCAGCCCACAAGCGGAGGAGCAGCUGGAGCGGGAGAUCGCCGGCACCAUCCGCAAGGUGGUGCGGGAUUUUGUCUCUUCCUGGUACCGCACCGUCAGUGCCGAGCGCGCCUUCGAGGAUGAGGUGGAGAAAGCCAUGGCCGGGCUGGCUGCGGAGCUGAGGCGACGGAUGGGGCGGGUGGAUCGCAAGGCCCUGGCUCGACGCCUUCUUCUCCUCUGCAGCCACCACCUGCAGAGUUACCUGCAGGCCUGCCAGGCCCUACGGGACGCCCCGGAGGGUUGCCGGAUGCUGUGGCAGGAGUACAGCCAGAUAGCGGGCACGCAUCCAGCCCUCCGCAGCCCUUUGGCGGAGGUGGGCUACGCCCGGGCCGCUGUGGAGGUGUUGCUGCAGGCGCUGGUGCCCCAGCCCCACCUGGAGACGCGGACGGGACGCUUCGUGGUGGUGGAGCUGGUGGCCUGCAACGUGCUGCUGCCCGCUGUCAGGAAGAUGGCCGAUCCCGACUGGAUCAACCUGCUGCUCGUCGCGGCUUUCUCCAAGAAGCCCCGGGAAGAGGAGGUGCCUCCUGCGCCCCCAGUGCCUGACUGCUUGUCCUUUGCUGUGCAGCCUGAUUCUGCUCCUGCAGGGCUGCCCCCUUCCCCGAGGGCUGUGGAGGUGCCUGGGGCUGUUGGCGAGGAGGGAGAGGACGCAGCAGGCAGGCUGAGCUGCACGGAGGUGCCUUUCCUCCGCCCACAAGCCCUGGGCUCCCUGUUUCCUUGUGAGGGUUUGGAGCUGGAGUCCCCUGCGCCUGAUCCUGGCCAGGACGUGGACCUGCUGGCACCAUCGCCUGCCAAGGAGUGUCUUGAUGACACCCUCCCUGACACCCCCGCUGUGCUCGAAGGACCAGACGCUUCAGAGGAUGGUGUGGGGGGCCUGGAGGAAAGCAAUGCCACCUGCACAGAUGCUGGCCUGCUUCCCCCUUCUGCUUUUGUUCUGAGCUCCUGCCCUGACAUCCAAAUUGAUCCAGCAGUGGAGAAGGAGGAGGAGAGCCCACCCGUCCCCAAGAAGCCCUCCUCGCAGAGGCCCUGCAGCUUGGGGAAAGAACUGGGGGCAUCAGAAGCCCCACCACAAAGCCCCCCAGACCCCGGGCAGACUCUUCCCCUACUCUCAUCCUCCCCGACGGCUCCCAUCAGCACCUUCAGCUUUGAGCCCCUCAACAGCCCCGACGGGCCGGUCGUCAUCCAGAACCUGCGGAUAACUGGGACCAUCACUGCCCGGGAGCACAGCGGGACUGGCUUCCACCCCUACACCCUGUACACGGUCAAGUACGAGACAGCCCUGGAGGGUGACAGCACGGGCAGCCUUCAGCAAAUGGCCUACCACACUGUGAACCGCCGUUACCGGGAGUUCCUCAACCUCCAGACCAGACUGGAAGAGAAACCAGAGCUCCGCAAGUUCCUGAAAAAUAUCAAAGGCCCAAAGAAACUGUUCCCUGAUCUUCCAUUUGGAAAUAUGGACAGCGAUAAAGUAGAAGCCAGAAAAAGUCUGCUAGAAUCUUUCUUGAAGCAACUGUGUGCAGUCCCUGAGAUUGCCAACAGUGAGGAGGUGCAGGAGUUCCUUGCCCUGAACACCGAUGCCAGAAUCGCGUUCGUCAAGAAGCCCUUUGUUGUCUCCAGGAUAGACAAGAUUGUUGUCAAUGCCAUUGUGGAUACCUUGAAGACAGCGUUCCCCAGGUCAGAGCCCCAGAGCCCCACAGAGGAUCUUAGCGAGUCUGAGGUGGAUGGGAAAUCUCAGACAGAUGGGAAGAAGGCUAACAAGUCCAGGCUGAGGUUUUCAUCCAGUAAAAUCACUCCAGUGCUGAGUGUGAGUGAAGCACAUGACAGGAUCGUGUACUCCGUGAGGGAGGGCAGCGCUGUCUCUGGCACCAUAUCGCUGGCUGCUAUGGAGUCCUUCAUCCAGAAGCAGGAGAAGCUGCUGGAGACUGUCCCCAGCAAAGCUCCUGAGGGUGAGGGAAGCAGAGAAGCUAAUGAAUGCCCCACACAGGAGGAUGCAGACAGGCUGGGCCUAUCCAAACAGGGAGUACAUCCAGACACAGACACAGACUCAGAAACGGCUUUGGCUGACCUGGCCCUGGACUUGCUGCGCCUGCUCCUGAUGGAUCACUGGAGCUGGCUCUGCACAGAGGACAUCCAGAAGGUCUUCCACCUGCUCUUCGGGACCCUCAUUCAAAGGUGGCUGGAGGUCCAGGUGGUGAACCUGACCUGCACCCAGCGCUGGGUCCAGUACCUCCAGCUGCUGCAGGAAUCCAUCUGGCCCGGAGGAGUUUUACCAGCCGUGCCUAAACCAGCCAGGACAGAGGAGCAGAAGAAAGCAGCAGCAGAGCAGGCCCUGCAGAGCCUGAUGGGGAUCUUGCCUGAUGUGAUCCAAGAAAUCCUUGGAACCAGUAAAUGUCGCAUGAGCUGGAACCUGGUGCUGGAGUCCCUGGGCCAUUCUGUUAUAAACAGGCACCUGGUUUUCUGCCUCUUGGACAUUCUACUGGAGUUCUUGGUUCUGAAGGGCUCCAGUAAUGAGCUCGAGACCGCAGCUGUCGCGCCGUCUGACUCUAGUGGCCUGGAGAAAGCAGGCAUUUCAGCACAUUAACGAGGGCUGGUGUAGCCAGCAGUGAAGGAGAAAAGAAGCCACAGGCAUGGGAUGAUUUGAUUUUCAGUGCUUACUGAACAUGUCUGGGAGCUUCUUGUAAAGAAUUUUUCCAGCCAGUGCUAAAUGAGGCUGCUUCCAGGCUUCUCUGUUUUGACUGGGUGAUGAAUCAAGCCCGCUGUCAGUGGCUGAAGAGGUUUUUCUGCUGUGUAGUGUCUGUGCCAUCGCUGACUUGAUGGAGAGUCUGAACUGAAGAUGCCUGACUUCUGUGGAGCUGGAUGUCCUGAGAAGGAUGUGCAGGCUGCCCGCAGAUGCUCUUUGGGUUUCAUGUCUCUCCCCAUGUGUCUGAACAGCCCUAACGUACACACAAAGGCAGGUGGCACACAUGAGCUUUGCUUUUGGGGCUUCAAGCUCCACCUGGCACUGGCAUGUAGAGGCAUGACAGUGCCUUGUCACUGGGUGUUUCUCCAGGACAGGUGAAGGGAGGACCAAAUGCUGUCCCUGCUCUCUAUAACAGCCUGCCUCAUGCCUACGCAGGGCCACCUGCUCUACCAGACGGAAGACAGGGAGAGAAUGGAGCAUUAGAGAUGUGACAGCAGCCCUGAAGUCAGUCAGGAACUCAUCCCCAUUGCCCAAAUAAUUGGGAAGUUGGAAGCAGUGCAGAAAUCAAAGCUGCUGUCCUGCCUUAGGGACAAAGAUAAGUUGGCUCCUGCUGCCACCCCUCCAACAUGGUCUUGUUCUGGCAUCCUUUGCUCCCUGAGCAGUAGGAGGCAAGUAGGGCAGGCUGUGGUCCUGGAAAAGAGAACCAUCCCUGUGCUGAAGAGGAAUGGUAGCUUAGCUGGACUUUAGGAUUCCCAUGUAUUUUGCCUGCUGAGUUCAGUCCCAGAGACUUGUCUGGAAGGCACAGGAGAAAGGGAGCUUGUCCAUGUGUGACACGUAGCGAGUAAACCAGCUCCCAAAGUGCUUGUCACAGCGAGCUCUUGGAGAGGAGCGAAGACCUCUGAGCCCAGGAGGAGUAUUGGAUGCAUGCUCUGGGAAGGCAGCUGGUAAGAUGGCCCUGGGAGCACCACCUUAACUCUGACUGCUGUCUCACUAUGGUUUGCUAUGCCUGCUGUUGCAAACAGCUGUGUGCAGACUGCUCCAAGAAGCUUGUCAGCUCAGGCUGUCCAGUGCCAUCCAGCGCAGAAUGGCACGUUGGUCUGACAGCUGCCUUUCUGGGUCAUCCAAGACUUGACUGGUUUUGCAAGCUUACGUUGCCCAGCUGUCAGGCUCGUGACAGGGCAGAUGGACAUGGCAAAUACUCACCAAGAGACUGACCUGUCUAUACAUCCCAGGAUAUGGAUCACCAAACUGACCAGCGCUGGACUUUUCCUAAUCAAGGGAAUGCUGCUCCUGGUGCUCUCAACAGAUCAAAGCACUGAGAGGAGACGUUGCAAGAGGAGAGCACGCAGGAUCACAGCUAGUUCCCACGUUCCAGUACCAAAUGGUGCAUUUCAUGCAGCCUGCAUAGUUUCUUGGAGCUGGGUACUCCGUGGCGUGUUUGGAGAACAGGUCAUGCAGCUCCAACACGUGUACUGCUGGAAGCAGAGCCUCUGCUCUUCCCAGGGACAGCUGCUUAGUAGUGGAUGCUUUUCUUCAUGCUUCUGUUGUGAGUGUGCCUGUGGUGUGUGGUAGAUGCUGGGAAGGAAUAGCUUGCUGCCUGGAAGUGUAUUUUUAGGAAGUUCCAAGGGUACCCAAGACUAGGCAGAACCCAAUGUAAUGAAAUAAAGCAGUUUUGCACAGCUUAUUGGAGCAGUUUCUCAGCAAUGACACUUUUGAGCUGGUAGACCUGCCUGCCUGCUUGGAAAAGGAGGGAGUUCGGUAGCAUAAGAGCAGGUCAGACAACGCGUUGGAGAAUGUUCCAUAUGGAAUAAUCACAAAUGGCCGAGCAGCAGGUUGGGAAGCAGGAACCCACCGUACCCUUAAGCACAAUAUCCACUUGGAGCACCCUCUUCACCCUCUCUUUCACUGCCAGCUUCUGAUUCCCUUCUUUUUUUCCCUACAACUUCCAUUACUGUAUGACCUGCCUUGAGGAGGCAGUAGGAGAAGGAGCCAUCAUCCAGGGACAGCUGAUCUGUUGUGUGUGGUGGCUUCCCAAAUGCUCUUGGUGUCCUUGCUUGCUCUUGUUUUUUCAGGAACUUUACAGCACCAAGGCUGGUGUGUCACUGAUUAGGGCGAUCAUUACGAGACUGCUGAGAAGGAUCAUUCAGAGAUGGUUUCAAACUCCACACUGCCAGCUCCACAUGAGGACAUAGGUGUAGUACAAUCCUUACAGACACUGAAUUUUUCCUCAGAAGGAUGAGCUUAGGCUUCCCCUUCGCCAGGAAGCCCUGAUAUGCCUGCCUUUCACCCUGACCUCUGGCAUUAUGCGAGCAGCUCAAUAUUCAUUCCUCCUGAUGGAAAUAAUUUGUGAUUUCCGCUGGCGGGCUCCGAGGAGCAUAGCUGGAGAGGUGGCACUUGGCUGGAAUGCUGUGACAAUGACCUGUGGUUGUACCAGACCACUCGGUGUGUGCGUCCUCUGCACCUUUCGUGCGGGGGCCUUGAGCCCUGCAUUAUGUAGAGUCACUCACAGGGUGAAGUAGCAGCAUCUCCUCUCUAUUAUCCUCUGUUACCUGGCAGUUGUUGGGGCACGGAGAGAUGAAGCAAGUUUACUUGCUUCCACUUCGAGUCAGCAGCAGAGUUGGGAACAGACCCCAGGAGUUUGGAUUGUGAGAUCUGUGUUUUAAUCUCCCGAACCCCCUUUCUUGUCUUAGAGCAAGGAAAACAAACCAGGAUUGCCGGAGCCCUUUCUCAGGCUCUCACUGGCCAGGCUUCAAGCUCCCAUUCUCUCUUUCAUAGAUAUUAGCCCGUUCUCACAGCCAAGAUGAAGCUGCCCAUGAACGGCAUAGGAACAAGUAGCCCCUCUCUGUAUCUCGUUGUUAAGCAAUACAAAAUCCAAUAAAAGAAAUCAGCUUUUUCUUUUUUUUUUUUUUUUUUUUUUUUGUCUCGCUGUAGCUUUCAGAUUAAAUUGAGCACAACAGUGGCAAGGGCAAGCUUCUUUAAUCAGGUGGGCUGGAAGUUUAUUUUCUCUGGACUGUGACUGGAAGUGCUGCUUUGGUAAAACAAACAAGGCCAGCAAAAACCUUUAACUCAUUAUGUGUGUCAAGCUCCCAGAGUUGUUCCAGCAAGCUCCCUUCUUCUGCACAGAUCUGUAUAGAAGGCUUGAACCAGGGAGCUUCAAGGCAUCACCAUAAGCUAAACAGCAGUUGUUGUGUUGAGCUAGAGCUUGAUUUUUUGAAGGAAAAAAAAAAAAAAAGGGAAAAAAUAUGCAGCUGUGCACUGAAUCCUUGUCACCUUUCCUGUAUUCAAACCCCUGUAUCAGCUGUUUGUGGUCUGUACCAAGGAGUGCUGGUCUGAGAACCUGUUUUGUGGUUAAUGGGGAGCAAACUGGUGCUCCAGGUACCUGUGACUUCUGCUCUGACUCUCUGUACAAUAAUACUAUGUUUCAAAACUA